AUGGGAGUGGAUUACUACAAGAUAUUGCAAGUUGAUAAGUCUGCAAAAGAUGAUGAUUUGAAAAAAGCUUAUAGGAAAUUAGCCAUGAAAUGGCAUCCUGAUAAGAACCCAAAUAACAAAAAAGAAGCUGAGGCUAAGUUCAAGCAAAUCUCUGAAGCCUAUGAUGUUCUUAGUGAUCCACAGAAAAGAGCAGUGUAUGACCAAUAUGGCGAAGAGGGUUUAAAGGGCCAAGUACCACCGCCUGGUGCUGGUGGUGCUGGUCCUGGUGGAGCUUCAUUCUUUUCUGCUGGAGAUGGACCUGCAUCGUUUCGGUUCAAUCCCCGAAGUCCUGAUGACAUUUUUGCUGAGUUUUUUGGGUUUUCAAGUCCUUUUGGUGGGAUGGGAGGUGGUGGUGGAGGCAUGAGAGGGACAAGGUUCCCAGGUGGGAUGUUUGGUGAUGAUAUAUUUCAUUCUUAUGGUGAAAGUGGAGGGUCAAUGCAUCAAAGUGCUCCUAGAAAAGCCGCUCCGAUUGAGAAUAAACUGCGUUGUAGUCUUGAAGAGCUUUAUAAGGGAGCUAGCAAGAGAAUGAAGAUAUCUAGGGAGAUUUCUGAUGCAAGUGGCAAGCUCAUGCCAGUGGAGGAGAUUCUAACCAUUGACAUAAAGCCAGGUUGGAAGAAAGGCACAAAGAUCACCUUCCCUGAGAAAGGGAAUGAACAGGCAAAUGUUAUACCAGCAGAUCUAGUCUUCAUUAUUGAUGAAAAACCCCACCCUCUGUUCAGUCGUGAUGGAAACGACUUGAUCGUUACCCAGAAGAUUUCUUUAGCUGAAGCCUUGACAGGUUACACUGUCCAUCUCACAACCUUAGAUGGAAGGAAUUUGACCAUUCCCAUCAACACCGUGAUUCACCCAAACUAUGAGGAGGUUGUUCCAAAGGAAGGGAUGCCAAUCCCAAAAGACCCCACAAAGAGAGGAAAUUUGAGAAUCAAGUUCAGCAUCAAGUUUCCAUCGAGGCUAACUGCAGAGCAGAAGGCCGGAAUCAAAACUCUCAUGGGACCUUGA